GACGUACCAGGUGCUGCCAAGAAAGAUCUUGCACCAGUCUCCCCACCGGGGUCCAAAGUGCCUUUCCACAGAUUCGUACAUGUCGCCGUGCUAGGAGCAACACUGCUGCUAGUUUUGUACACUUACAGCAUGGCGUCCUUGCUACACCAGGACGCCGCUUGGUGGAGGUUACUGCUAAGUUUACCAGCAAAGGUUGGGAGUAACAUAUGGGACUCGGAGAACAGAGUUCGAGUCGUCGAGGGAGAGACGUUGGAGGGUAGAAUGAAUGCCCUUGCAGACGUACUUAAUGUCCCUGCUCGAGAUGUCGCAUCUGCGGUCAAACCGCUCGUACCGCCUGCGAGCUUGGCGAGCAUG